AGCGCGUGACGAGACAUAAACAGCCACGUGCGGUCCCCGAGCCCAGAGCGUGCUGAAGUUGACGGCAGACGAUAACUUGCGCCAGUCGCGAGGGCCGACACGAAUGACUGGCUAUGAAAUGGGAACAGGGGUGAUACGCGAGUCAGGCGGUCAGUAAAGGUAUUCGGACGUUUAACCACGCUCGGACCGGUCGUGAGAAGGAGCGUUCUGUUGGCAAAGAUUCUGGAGUCUUACUUUAAGAAACGCGUGGAGAGUUGUGUUAUAACUUGGGGAAAGUGUCGUCAGGAUUUACGGUUAGAACACGUGACCUUUACUGCAAGUUUGUUUGCUGCCUGUCGGGAACAGAAGGGAGUUUUGAAAGGACGGAGUAAUAAGAGAUCCUGUUAUCUCUCAACGACACAUGGUGACGGGGUCUCGCACAAAGCCAGGCGAUCUGCAACAGCAGUUAAAACAGAGCGUCUUAACUUCGAAAGCCGAGACUUGCACACAAGUACAAAGCAGUUUUCUUCGGUAUAUAUUCAGUAUAUCCACACAUGCAUGAAACUGCAUACGUACUCGGAUUAGCAUGUCUGUGUAUUUCUGAAACUUAGGAGAAAGUUGUGAUUGUCGAAAAUGGAUGAAAAACGACCCCCCAGUGAAUCCUCGGAGGAUGGAGAGAGCGAUGAAGGCAGCAAUGGACGCAGGAGGAUUUACAGAAGAAGCAAAUCAAAGUGUGACGGGAGGUUGUGGAUAUUUAUGGUUCUAGGUGCGGUUAUUCUUGUGCUUGGAAUUGUAAUCGGCGGUCUGUACUUUAAUAUGAAGACACUGACGGAAUCUACCGAGUUCACCCAAGUCACGCCAACAUACGUGAACGCCAUAGCGGUCCUGUGCUCUGCCCUGAGUGUUGCCCUGCUGUUCUGGAGGAGGCUGACCUGCUUGGUGUUCCUCUGUGUGAUCACAUGUACCGUGACGGCGUUCCUGUGUGGGAUCACCGCCAUCCUGACUGGCACCCACGUGACCCGCCCCCUCAUGGCGCUGUCCCACUGCUCGUACUUCCCCUUCCUGAUGGAGUGCCACUGCAUGUCUCCCUACAGAAGGUCCAUGCUGGAGAUCUCCUACACGCCAAACGAUCCCACCAGUGUGGUGUUCAGCGACACGGACAGCUGUGACAGCAUACAGAAGUUGAUGCUGCACAUGUUGUACGCUCUGAUUGGAGCCUACGUCAUCAGCUUCCUCUUCACGGUGGGGGCGGCCAUAUUGGCUCUGCUGGUUCUACGCAUGGAGAAAAUCAGGAUGGGGUUGUUUGAGGAUGACACAUAUGAAGAAAUCUUCACCGUCAGCAACAGCAGUGCAACUCCACCAUCCUCGGACAGUGACAACGAGAACCAACACAUGCUCCAUCCAAUCCUGCCAUCCAGCGACGAUGGGAGAAUCCCCGAGUCCCACAUUAUUCGCAGAAGUCGAAGUUUCAGUCAGCCCAGGUUCCCGACCUCUGCGGAUGCUACUGAGAAGAGCAUUCCUAAAAUCACAGUGUCGGCACCGACGAAGCCAGAACCCCAGGGCAAGCUAAAGGAACAUCGUCGCCGGAGUCGCCGCGCUGUGACUCUGCACAACCUGGACACCCAUCAACUGAUGGUGAUACUGAGCCUGCAGAUGCGCUACCUUCAGGAGAACGAGAACGCCCAGUCUCAGUCCACGCUCAGUGCACAACAGCUGAGUCAGCAGUUACGGCGGGCUCUCACACCGCAGCCAAACCACGAUCGUCAGAAUCGGGGGCAAGGACAGGAAGUUCGUCAGAUCAGGUCCCACACACCCCAGCCAUAUCAUUUCAAGAACCGUGGUUCCUACAUCGAUCCUGUUCAGCCAAAUUAUGAAAAUAUGUUUGAUCCCACGGAGUUCAUUAAUCAGCUAAAACAGGAGCAGGCGCAAAUUGGGUGUAACGGAAAUAAGGUUCCAGCAGAGCGGGAGUUGUCACGGCACAACACGGCACCUGCCUCACGGCCCAAAACACCAAGGCAGGGAUACUCGUCUCAAACCAUUCCACCGCCGCAAAAUUCCAGAAAAGGAAACAAAACUCCCAUCAGAUCCAAUUAUUACGAAGAAAUCGAUGAUAUGGCGGAUUGCUUAGAUGACAGUAGUGCAUCAGAGCAAAUCUAUGAAAACCACACUGGAAACCGCCUAUCUGCUCAAAGACGUAAUCGAGGUCAAGGUGAAGGUCAUUCAGUGCCUGCUCCAGCAGUGUGCGUUCAGGGAAGUGGUGGGAAACCAAGGGACAUUACCAACAUACUUCCGGCAUUGUAUCCCUCGAUUCCGAGACACUUGUUUGACCGGGGUCAGACCCCAUCGCGUCCGAAAAGUUACAUGAAUGCAGUUGAUGCAUCAGAUUCUCCGCAAACUUCGCGCAGACACCAGUCUCAGAAUCCCAGCCAGCAUAAUCCCAGCUCUCAGCCAAACACAUCUCAAGUCCGACCAAUUCAGGAAAAUUCAUGGAGGAAUCAGGAUGUCGAUUCAGAAUCAGCAGACAGUGCCAUUUAUGCAAUGCCAGUUAAGAAGCAACGCCAGCCGGCUAAACCAGCACGAAAUCGCAGCCCCGACUGGCCGGGAAACCAGCCCCGCCCAUCCCUCCCUGGUCAGAGUGAUGUGCGGUCAGCGUUUCAUGUGGUACCACGCAGCAAGAAAUCCAAGCCUGCCCAGAAAUGGAGUGCCACUUCUGAUCCCGCGGCCAGGUUGCAGGUUUCUGCUCGUACCUAUGACGGCAAUAUGAACGAUUUCAGCAUGCAGGGACAAACAAACCAUGUGUCGAACGUGUCUGCAUUUUUCCCCCCACCUCCCUACUCCCCUCCCCCGUCUUACACGGACGUGAUCACGCACUCAAGGGACAGCUCCCUCCAUUCGCUCACCAGCAGCACCUCCACAUCAGAAGACGUGGAUUUUUACCAACAAAUCCGAAAACCACAACAGCCUCCCCGAUCAAAAAUCUCACCCCAUCGUCAGGAAUCUCAAAACGUCCCCUCGCAUCCGAACUGGGAGGAAAACUCGGUGUUCCAUGACAGCAUCCCAUACAGUGGGCCGGGGGUUAAUGCUGUGGGACAAAGAUGGAAUGGUGUAGAGUAUCAGAACAUUGAUGAGACGCCUAACGGACGAGUUGGCGGACCUAGCUACAGGAGGCAGGGAUACGAUGCCUUUCAGGAUGAGCCAGUGAGAGGGCCUGCUUCGCGGAGUCGUGGGUCGGCAAGGCAGGAUGGUGCAGGCUGCGAGGCUCCUCAGUACAGCGCCGCUGCAUCCACCGAAGGCAACAGCAGCGACUCGGACUGUAUGGAAACAGUCAUAUAAUCUGCUGCGUCAGUGUGACGGACUGUAGUUGAAUAAUGUGCUGCGUUCUUGUGACUUAUGGAAACAGUCAUAUAAUCUGCUGCGUCAUUGUGACAGACUAGUUGAAUAAUGUUCUGCGUUCUUGUGACUGUAUGGAAAGAUAUAUAAUCUGCUGCAUCAGUGUGAUGGACUGUAGUUGAAUUAUGUGCUGCGUUCUUGUGACUGUAUGGAAACAGUCAUAUAAUCUGCUGCGUCAGUGUGACAGACUAGUUGAAUAAUGUGCUGCAUUCUUGUGACUGUAUGGAAACAGUCAUAUAAUCUGCUGUGUCAGUGUGACGGACUGUAGUUGAAUUAUGUGCUGCGUUUUUGUGACUGUAUGGAAAGGUUUGUGCUGUAUUUUUGGAAAUUGCUUGACAAAAGGUACACUUCAAGUCCUACAUUGUGCAAGAAUUGAUUUGUUGGAGAUACCCCUUGUGAAAAUGUUAUGUUAUAUGUGUCUUCAGCCUGAGUGGUUUGUAGAUACAUGUGACAUUAAUUGUGUUAAGCAAGACAUUAAUUGUGUUACUGCUUUUUGACUGGACUUCAAAGCAGGAUAAUUGCCACUUAGUGUGCUGUGUAUGUCAGAUACUGCAACGUAUUGGUGUAACUCUUUGACCAAACCCAGGGCAUUGGCAGGUAAUGCAUUGUAGUACUGCGACACAUUUAUCAGACACGAAGUAUUAGUUGUGGUGAAUGUGAUGUGUCUUUGUGUCUCGGACUGUGGAUCUGACUUUGUCACCUUGUGUCUUGUGCGCAGAUGAAGCUUGUCAUUGUUUAUUGUUGUCCUUAAUCCACCCAGUGAAUGAUUGGCUUUCAUUGAGUGCAUCACUCAGGACUGUGAUGACCUGAUGUUACCCAGCACUGUUCCUGUGAAAUACACCUGCAGAUUGAGACCUGUUCCUGUGAAUAUUUACCUGCAGAUCGAGACCUGUUUCUGUGAAAUAUUUACCUGCAGAUCGAGACUUGUUCCUGAGAAAUAUUUACCUACAGAUUGAGACCUGUUCCUGUGAAAUAUUUACCUGCAGAUGGAGACCUGUUUAUUGCUCUAAGUGACCCUGAGGAAUCUGGACCAUGGACAGCAAAUUGUCAGAACAGUGUCAAUAAGGCUGGACAACUUUAUUGUCAAGUUUUACAGAUAUGUUUGCCCAGCUGUUGAAAAAUAUCUUUUUUGAAAAGUAUGUUUGUAAUGUUGUAACUUUUAACCUCAAGACUCAAGAUUGUUUGUAUUGCCUACUGCAUAAUGCAUGUUGGUCAGGUCAGUAUGUACAAGUGGCCUGGCUUCAAGUUGCUUAUUUAUUGGCCAGUGAACGAUGUAUCCACCUUCCAGAGCUGAGUGGGACGUCCAGCAGUGGGAACAGUUACCAUCAGGUUCAUGAUAAACAACAUGAAGUGUCAGCAAUCUUAUUAUAAUCAGAUCUUAGUUUUCGCUACCCCUAAACAAAGAUCUGAGGACAUCCCUUUACGGGUCACGUCAGAAUGACCUUUCGCGAACAUUGACCGACCAAUGAAAUGACUGACAAGAAAUCCACAUUAGCCAAUCAGAAGGCAGCUUUCUUGAGCUUUACGACACUAGUUUCAAACUGGCAACUACGCUUCAAAACAUAUUUUGACGUAUUGGCGAUUAAUUCUUUUUAAACUGAUCAAAAGAUCAUUCUGGAAUGGCUUAUAGUUGGUCUAGAUUGUAUGGAUAUAAUCAUAAAUCCCGAAACUGUCAUUCGGAAUACCCUCUGUUAAAUAUUCCGAGGUUGCAUAGUUGCAAAACACAUUCCGACUGUCACUUUCAUGAUCUGGUAAGCGACGCUCUGAUUUGGUGGAUGAAAGGUCGUUCUGACGUGACCCGUAAUUGGAUGUCCUCAGAUCUUUGUUUCGCGGUAGCGAAAACUAAGAUCUGAUUUUAAUGAGAUUGGGUGUGUCAGUAAAAACGCCAAUCUACAAAGGGCAAAUUGUAAAUGUGACUCUUGCUCUAUGGGAGGGUCAAGAAACAGAUGGCAGUAUUAACUUUCAAACAAACUUUGCUAUCAACAAGUGCUAUACAGUUGUAUAUAUGAGUUGUUCGUGAAAUGGACACUUGACGACAAAAGGUUUGAUGAAUGCCUGUAUGAUGAGAUUCUUCAAUACCUCCGGAGAUUUAUUAACAGUUACUUGGUUUAGGGAUCAGUGGGGGCACGGGUGGCCCAGUCGUCUAAGGCGCCGCGAUUUGCUGUGCAUGAUUGUGGGUUCGAACCCUGGUUCGCCCCAAUUAUGUUUCUAGGUUUGUCAGCACCAUAUCCGUGCUCGUGGGUUUCACCUAAGUGGUAAACGUCCGAGACCUGCAUCACUUCAGGCUUUCCUCCCACAUUAAGCUGACACGCCGUGAUAUAACUGGAAUAAUGUUAAAAGCGGCGUUAAACCCAACUCACUCACUCACUUAGGGAUCAGGAGAACCAAACAUUCAGCAAAAUAGUAAUAAAUGAGUGUCUCUCUAUCCAUGCAGUCUGUUCAUGGGCUUCAAUGCUCCAACUCUCAGUUGUUUUGCCCGUGAUGCUUUAAUUAGCCUGUGUAAUCUCCAGUACAAAUUAGCAUUGAACGAUUGAGAUUAUAGUCCAUAAUAAGCAAAUUUUGAAUCCACGAAGGUGAAAUGGGGUUUAACGUCUCAUCCAAGAUUAUUGCACUUAUAUAGCGCAUGCACGUGUAUGUAUGUGUGUGGCUGCUUGUACUAGUCCGGACUGAUGCCGAUUUAUAGUGAUAGCUCACU